AUGGAAAAGAAAAUGUCAAAGAGGAAAGUCAAAGGAAAUUAUCUCACUUUCAAUACUUGUAAAUCAUUAUGCUCUGAAUUGUGCAAUAAGAUUUCUAAGGAAACAACUCAACAAUGGAGCAAAUCAUUACUCAUUACUCUUACGAGCGUCAUUGAUCAUGUGACUUAUUAUGCUGGAGAAUGCAAGGAGAAAUUGUCAAAUAGUUUGCUGAAAAUUAUUACAAGAAAGAGGUUGGAUGAAGUUGAAGUACUUGGUACGGAGAGGCAGACGAGUCUUUCUAUGAUUCGUAUCAUUCGAACACUCUUUGAUAUUUUCAUAAGCUUUUACAAGGACGAAAAUAGUCAAAAAACUCGAUUACGACUUAAAAAAUCUGAACUUGUUCAAAAAUUCGAAGACCACAUUGAAAGAUCCUCACCAUAUUGGAAAAGCUUGACUCAAGACAGCUCAAUCUUUGAAAAAGUCAGAAUGAAAAUUCUUAACCUCAUUACUGUUUACUUUGAGGGUGUCAAAUUAAGUGGAAGUGAAGAAUUUACGGAAAACAGCUCUUUGGAAAAGUUGUUAAAAUUCAUGUUCAAUGAGCAACACAUUCAAGAAACUCUCACACAAGAGAUACCCAACACAACGGAAGAACAAGAAGAAAAUUUGGAACUUCACAUGAAACCGCUUGAUUUCAUUACCAUGACGUUUUAUUUUUCGAAAUUACUUUACAUGGAAAAGAAUAAGAAUCCACGAGGAUGUUCCACCUAUUUGAAAUUGAUCAAAACCUUUGCUGGUAUUCAUCCAUUUGUCGUUUCCAUGGGUAUUCCUUUUGAACCAAGACAAGAUCAAAACGAUGACAUGUCUACGAGUAGUAGCGAAGACGAUGACACUUCUGAUAUUGUUUCUCCUCUUUCCAUGGAUCCACGUCUUCGUAAAUGUUGCCUCAUGAUCGAGCUACUCAUUAUGAACGAACUCAAAUCUGUGUCGAGUGCUCUUUUUGUGAAAGAGAUUUUAAUGUUUUUGCUCAAUUUUUCCAGUGUUUCAACAUCACUCGACUAUUGCAAGGACACCAUUGUGUCCUGUAUUGAAGUGUGUAAAACAUCGAGUAACGAGUCCACAACAAGGAGGAAUGAUUCAGCCAGUCGAUCGUUCCACAUUAGUAUGUGCAACAUGGCCAACAUUAUCAAAACACGAGAAUGCUCAUCCAAAGCAUUGGCAGUUAUUUUGUCCUACGUCGAAUUGAUCACAGUCAAAAUGAAUGAGCAAUUUAAAAAGAAAGGCGCUUCUCAAGGCAGUACUUCAAAUCGACGAACUGAAAUUUUCAAUGUGAGCUCAACAUUUUCUGAACGCGCCCGAAAAAAUCAACAUGCUCAUCUCAUUCUUCCAGGAUCAAUAUUUGUGAAAAUUAAGGAAUGUUUAAGCGCAGGUGUGAAAUUAGUUCAUGGAGAGUAUGCAGAAUUUGGAAGUACCGAUUCAGUAACUUCCAAGCUCGAUAAGAUCAUGACAGGCCUGUGUAAUUAUGUCAUUAACAGUUCGAUUGCUUUUAAAAAGAAAAUUAAGAAAAACUUGGAUCGAUCAACUUCAGCACUAAUUAUUGAAUGCAGUGCCUCGUUCCAGUCUGUAUUUGAUACCAUCUCGAACGUCAUGUCACUACGAGGAAGUAUUUCUACAGCGAAAAAUAAUAUGGAGGUAGAUUUGACGAAAAAUUACACAAAAUUAGAGCAAGCAAUGGAAAAGAUGUGCUUUGAAAUUCGAGAGCUGAAUCGGGCAUAUAAAAACAGAAACAAAAAAGCCAAGCUGCAACGAUUGGUAAUUAUUGAAGAGUUGACAAAAUACAGGUUGAUUAAUGAAGACAUGACAACGCAUAAUGACGAGGAGAAUGAAGAAGCGACACAAAAGAGAAAGAAAGCUGGCUCUAGCUCAACAUCCAAACGUAGAAAAAAGAAUUUGGUUCUACGAAGCAAAAACAAGUACAUUGACCAUGCACUUUGUGUAGAAGAUGAAGAUUAUCAUGAUAUUCAUGCUGAUCUUGAAGAUUGGAUUGAUGAUGACAACUGGGAGCCAGCAUAUUAA